AUGUCCAAAUCCAGUUCGCCACCUACCCCUCCCGACCCCAUCUCGCGUCCCUCCGUCUACCGCGCCAAUGCCGACGUGCUUAAUCGCGCUCUGCAGUCCAUCGGCAUGGGCCGCUACCAGUGGCAGCUGUUCGCCGUUAUUGGCUUCGGCUGGGCGAGUGACAAUUUGUGGCCCAUCGUCACCUCGCUAAUUCUCGUCCCCGUCUCCUACGAGUUCCACGUUGCCCAGCCGCCCCUGCUGACCCUCGCCCAAAAUAUCGGUCUACUGGUCGGCGCUCUGUUCUGGGGUUUUAGCUGCGAUCUGAUCGGCCGCCGUUGGGCCUUCAACCUCACCAUCGCGAUUACCGCCAUCUUUGGACUCUCCGCUGCUGGCUCUCCCUCCUUCGCCGCCGUCGGAGCCUUUGCCGCCCUGUGGUCUAUGGGCGUCGGCGGGAACCUGCCCGUCGACUCGGCCAUUUUUCUCGAGUUCCUGCCGGGUUCGCACCAGUACCUCCUGACCGUCCUGUCCGUUUACUGGGCGCUGGCCCAGUUGCUGGCCAACCUGAUCGCUUGGCCGCUGCUGGGGAACAUGACUUGUGCCUCCGCGGACCGCUGCGACAAGGCUAGCAACAUGGGCUGGCGCUACUUCCUGAUUACAAUGGGUGGUCUAGCCCUGGUGAUGUGCUUGGUGCGCGCCCUCUUCUUUACGCUCUACGAGUCGCCCAAGUACCUCAUGGGCAAGGGCCGCAACGACGCCGCCGUUACUGUUGUGCAUGAGGUCGCCCGCCGUAACGGCAAGGAGGUCAGGCUCUCCGUCGACGAGCUGGAUCCGCUCGCCUCGGAUGCGGACGAGGGCGAGUCCCCCGGGCUGAGCCGCGUCGACCACCUGCGCAUGCGCAUGGAGCCGGUGUCCCUGCCGCACGUCAAGGCGCUCUUCCGCCACCCCCGCCGCGCCUGGUCCACUUCGCUGAUGAUCCUGGUCUGGGCGUUGAUCGGCCUGGGCUUCCCGCUGUACAACGCCUUCUUGCCCUUUCUGCAGCAGCAGCGCGGCAUUGACUUUGGCGACGGUUCCACCUACAUUACUUACCGCAAUACUCUGAUUAUCGCCGCCGUGAGCGUCCCCGGCAGCCUAGUCGGCGGCGCCCUGGUCGAGCUGCCGCGCCUGGGCCGCAAAGGAACCCUGGCGCUGUCUGUCAUCACGACGGGGGUCUUCCUACUGGCCUCAACUACCGCCGACUCGUCUGCCGCCCUGCUGGGCUGGAACUGUGCAUUCGGCUUCACCAGCAGUCUGAUGUACGCCGUGCUCUACGCCUACACCCCGGAAAUGUUUGAGACCAAGGACCGCGGCACCGGUAACGCGCUGGUGGGCGCAGCCAACCGCAUUGGCGGCAUCCUGGCGCCCAUCAUCGCCAUCGUCGCCGGUGUGGAGAGCUCGUCACCUGUCUAUGUCAGUGGCGCCUUGUUUCUGGCCGCCGGCGUCUUGGUGCUCCUGGUGCCUUACGAGACCCGUGGGAGGGCCAGUAUUUAA